CCCUUAAUAAUAGCCUUUACAGUUUCAUCUUAUAUUUUCUCUUCAGUCCUUAGUUUUAGAAUCAAGUUUUAUUAUCAAGAAAAGGAGUCACGUGUUUAAUUUUAACUCCAUUUUUAUGAUUGAAUUGCAGAGUUAAUGUUUUUCUGUGCCAAAUAAUUUCUAGAAUUUACCCUUUCUUGAUUCUUCUCUACAUAAAUGGCAUCAGAUUCAUGAAUUCAAGCUUUCUUCUAUACAUAUAUAUGGAAUCAGAUUCUUUUCCUUCCAAUGAAAAUUGAAUCCUCCAUACUUUAACACGCCAUAAUUUUAGUUUCAAACUCAUCAACUAGCCAAUUUUCCAGAGAAGGUUAUUUCCAGUACGAUAAUGAGGGUGCAACUGCUCUCCCCGACAGAGUUAUUAUUUUCAGCUUCACAGCCUACCCCAUCUUCCAUUGGGAAAAUGUAAGACGAGAGACAUUUUGUCGCUUACAAGGUAAGGUAAUAAGCCAAUUUAUUGUUAAUUCCGAGUAUAUAACUUUGUCAUUUCUUGUUUAUAUAGCAUGUAUGUAUGUACGUACUUCAUUCUGUCAGUAUGAAUUCAUGCUUAAUGUGAAAGUUAAAAGAGAUGUGAGAACCCAAAAAUGGAUCCAUAUAAUUCUUGAAUUCUUAUCAAUCAGCACAAUCAUAUAUGAGGACACGUGACUUAAUCUAGAAGAAACGAAGAAAAAGAAAGAGAACGAUUGGUCAGAGAAAGGAAACAGAAAUUUCUGGAGAAUUAGUUCAACGUAGUACAAGUAGACAAAGCUCAUGACCUAUUUAUGAAAGUUCCAUUAUGGAAAAAUAGAUAAUGAAUUUGAUAUGUACAUAUUAAAGAUUAUAUGAAUAAAUUUCUUUUCCUAUUCUCAUAUCAGAAUAUUUCAUAGUUGCUCUAUGAGUAUUUCUUGUUCCCUAAUCGCGCCCCAUCUGUCUUCAUUUGUUACCCUCUAUUUGUCUGUUCUUUCUUUCUUCAAAUCAUAUUUUUCUUUAAUUAAUUACAUACUAUUGUCCUAUUUACUUGGCCGAACUUGUUCGUGGAUUAAAAUAUAUGAAAUGGCCUAGAUGAUUGCCUUUAUUUAAACUAAUGCAUUUGUCCCUGCAAUGGACACAUCAACUUUAUCUUCAGUUUCUUCCUCUGAGGUGAAGGAAAUACAUAAAGAGAAUUCUUUGUAGUAUGCCACUUACAUUGGUUGGAGAUAGCUUGAUUAAUGAUCACUGAGUGUCUGAUAAUAGUGUGUGUGUGUGUGUGUGUGUGUGUGUGUGUGUGACUGCGAAUGGCGGAAACAUUGUUCUCCUCAUUUCAUUUCAGUGAGUCAUCAGGUCUGGAAAAGAGGCAGCAUUACCAAGAGUCAACAAGAUCCAUUGUUUGAUAUGGAAGAUUGUGAAUUUAUGGAUUUGUUUUCUUCUAUUUAUGGCUCUUGUCAAGAGAAUACCAUGGAGGAGAAAUCUCAAUUGUUUUGAAAUCAACAACCAGAUAAUUGUAAGCAGAAUGACCACAUGAUCAUGCCCUUUGAAGUUCAAUCACAAGUUUUAGAACUUGGGAAAUCCCUUAAGGAUAAGGCAUUUUCAUUUUCCUCAUCAUCAGUGGAGCUCCAGCCCCAUUACGAAAGAGGUCUCAAAAAAACAAGUGAAGAGACUUUCAAUAAUUUGAGAAGUGAGAAUAAUGUAGUUGGCUAGAAAUUAACGAUGGAGGAAAUUCUGAGGGUGGCUAGAGAAAGGUUUAUCCAAUUUUCUAUCGACAAGGAAGAUGGUAUUUCCAUGUUUAUCCACCCUUACGGCUCCUUUCUCAGGCCUUUCCAUAGACGAAGCAAGGGAUAUGGAACUUGUAUAUCUUCUCCUUGUAGCUGCAGAAAAUGUGGGCUAUCAACAUUUUGACUUUGCAAGUAAAAUGAUUACUCGUUGCCUCUUGAUGGUGUCUGAUUCAGGCACUCCAAUCCAACGCAUUACCUAUUAUUUUGCAAUAGCUAUUUGAGAGAGAAUGCAUAGAGAAAUUGGGAGAAUCAUGACUGAGAAAACAAAGCAACCAGUGAACACCGUAAAGAGCCUUGCUUUUCGUGGCAUCCCACAAAGAACUGCCCUUCACACAAGUGAUGCAAUUUGCUGGAAUACAAAGCAUAAUUGAAAAUCUGAGAACAAAUAGCAAGAUUCAUUUGAUUGAUCUUCAAAUAAGAAGUGGAAUUCAAUGGACAGCCUUGAUGUAAGGACUUUCAGAGCGGCUUGAGCACUUGAUCAAGCAUCUUAAAAUAACUGCAGUUGGAAUAACUGAUCAACAUUAUAUUAAAGAAACUGGCCAGAGACUACUAAGCUUUGCCGAGUCCUUGAAUUUGCCUUUCUCAUUCAAGGCCGUAUAUCUUACAGACAUGAGAAACUCCAAGGAAGAUCUCUUAAAUGUUGAAGCUAGUGAAACUGUGGUUGUUUACUCCUUUUUGAUGUUGAGGUCAAUGGUAUCAAGACCCGAUUGCGUAGAAAAUGUAAUGGGAGCAAUAAGAAGGCUUAGGCCUGUCCUAGUGGUCGUAAUUGAAGUAGAGGCAAAUCAUAAUUCUCUUUCAUUGGUGGAUCGCUUCAUUGAGGCAUUCUUGUUUUAUAGUGCUUAUUUUGAUUGCUUGGAGCGAAGCAAUCAAUACAGAAUGAAUCUUGAAGGGAUUCUGAACACAGUUGCAAUUGAGGGUCAGGAGAGAACCACUCGAAAUGUAAAAAAUGAUGUGUGGAGGGCAUUUUUUGAAAGAUUUAGAAUGAUAGAAAUUGAACUCAACGAGUCAUCUUGGUAUCAAGCUAAUUUAGUUCUCAACUGGUUUGUAUAUGGAAGCUCCUGCACACUUGAACAUAAUGGGAAGGGAAUGGUUGUUGGAUGGAAAGGAACACCAAUCCAUUCCCUAACCUCUUGGAAAUUCGCAUAGAAUAAGUGCCGAAGAAGAAAUAAAUGAUUGAGGAAAAAUAAUAUUAUUGAAGGUAGUCAAUAGGAUGCUUAGGUGUUCAAUUUAUUAUUUUGCCUUAAUUCGGCGGUAGCAGGUAAAAAUCGCUUUUGUUCCUUUGGCCCUUAUAGCUUUGUCAGUACGUCCAAUAUGUCUGAAUUUAUCAACAAAAUUGUAGUGAAAGUAUGCUGACAGAAAACAUUGUUGUUUACAAAAUGAUGGGAAUGUAUACAAAACAGCUGUUUGUCAUCGUUUUUAUAGUAAUUUAAUUUACAUCCUGGUGUAUUUAAUUAUUUCAGAAUGAACUUCUCAAAAUUUGUCACAAUAAUGGAUUCACAGUUGUAGCUUGUCCUUUCAUAUAUUAUAUUCUCAAACCUUACAUCUUAUUACUGUGGAAAUCUUCCAUUUCUAAUUAAGGAAAAUCAUGUGUGUGGCCUAAAACUUCCAUUAAUCAAUGAUUUGCGCUUCCAAUAAUAAGGCUAGCCAAUUUGGAAUUUGCUGUGAAUGGUCCAUAAUGCCUACAAUUACGGAAAAGAAUCGGUGAUGGAUCGAGCUUAUAAAAGGAACAUUGUUUGGGUCCCUAAUGCCAUUCUGUCUAUUCUUUUAUAUUACACCAUCAUUCAGAAGCUGGAAGGAGGCAUUAGAAGCUCUCAAACUCGUAGAACUGAAGCUACGUUUUCGGUUCCAAAAGGUUUUCAUGUCAACAAUGGCUAGAGGUAAAU